GGUCAGCUCCUACCAGCGUUCUCCUGAGGUGGGAUCUCCUCCACACUUCAACUCUCACCGAGCGGGGAGCGGAGGACGAGUCAGUCCGGGGCAGAAGAGGCUCCUAACGAAGAUGUGAAGACAAACACCGCGUAACAGCAGCGCCGCGACUCCCUCCAGCUGCCCCGGUUUUAUGUCUCCCCCGAGCCGAAGUCAUUCUCAGUGAAUGGUCUCUGCAGCAGCGCUAUUUUAUUUACCCCUCCUUUUAUUUUUUUAUAUUUAAAAUCAUCAUUAUUAUUAUUAUUAUUCGUAGCAUUUGUGAGCUCUCGCUAUGGCAGUUCAGUCCACAUCCGGGCCACAAUGUCUUGACUCCAUUAUUGUGUAAAACUGACGGAGUGGUUGUUAUUAUUAAUAUUACUAUUAUUAUAAUAUAUAUAUAUAUUUUUUACAUUUAACGACACACUUUUAUUGCGCGCAGUGAAGGCUGCUACCAAGAGGACAUGUCUAACCAAGGAGUUCGACGGAAUGGCCCGGUGAAGCUACGACUAACAGUCCUCUGUGCCAAAAACCUUGCAAAGAAAGACUUCUUCCGCCUUCCUGAUCCCUUUGCCAAGGUGGUUGUGGACGGUUCAGGGCAAUGCCACUCUACAGACACUGUGAGGAACACACUUGACCCCAAGUGGAAUCAACACUAUGACCUAUAUAUUGGAAAAUCAGACUCCAUCACUAUCAGUGUGUGGAAUCACAAGAAGAUUCACAAGAAGCAAGGGGCUGGUUUCCUGGGCUGUGUCCGCCUUCUGUCCAAUUCUAUCAACCGCCUUAAAGACACAGGCUACCAGAGACUAGACUUGAACAAGCUGAGUCCCAGUGACAGUGAUACAGUCAGAGGCCAAAUAGUGGUGAGCCUGCAGUCUAGGGACCGGAUAGGCACAGGAGGCCCUGUGGUGGACUGCAGUCGACUGUUUGACAAUGAUCUUCCAGAUGGAUGGGAGGAGAGGAGGACCGCGUCUGGACGAAUCCAGUACUUGAACCACAUCACACGCACCACACAGUGGGAGAGGCCGACCAGGCCUGCAUCAGAAUACUCAAGCCCUGGCCGGCCACUCAGCUGCAUUGUGGAUGAGAACACGCCUAUCAGUACAAAUGGGGCCACGCCCACCACAGCAUUGCCACCCAGUAAUGGUGAGCAGCGGGCCCAGGAGAGACGAGUCCGCUCACAAAGGCACCGCAACUACAUGAGCAGAACCCACCUGCACAUGCCCCCAGAUCUGCCUGAGGGAUAUGAGCAAAGAACCACGCAGCAAGGACAGGUGUAUUUCCUCCACACUCAGACAGGCGUCAGCACGUGGCACGAUCCCCGAGUACCCAGGGAUCUGAGCAAUGUGAACUGUGAGGAACUGGGUCCUCUACCUCCGGGAUGGGAGAUUCGCAACACCGCCACCGGGAGGGUUUACUUUGUUGACCACAACAACCGAACAACGCAGUUCACCGACCCACGCCUCUCCGCCAACCUGCAUCUAGUCCUAAAUCCAAGCCCUAAUGGAUCUCGAGGAGGCAUCGAAAGUCAGAAUGUCAGUCGUCAGAACCAGUUGAAGGAUCAGGCCCAGCAGGCUCUGGUGUCCCCUAGUCAACUCCCAGAGGAGGCUGAGUGCCUCACAGUACCCAAGUACAAGAGAGACCUUGUUCAGAAGCUCAAGAUCCUUCGCCAGGAACUGUCCCAACAGCAGCCCCAGGCUGGCCACUGCCGCAUCGAGGUGUCCCGUGAGGAGAUUUUUGAGGAAUCAUAUCGACAGGUGAUGAAGAUGAGGCCGAAGGACCUGUGGAAAAGGCUAAUGGUGAAGUUUAGAGGAGAAGAGGGACUCGACUACGGAGGAGUGGCCAGGGAGUGGCUUUAUCUACUAUCACACGAGAUGCUGAACCCGUACUACGGCCUGUUCCAAUACUCCCGUGAUGACAUCUACACACUGCAGAUAAACCCAGACUCUGCUGUCAACCCUGAGCAUUUGUCAUACUUUCACUUCGUGGGCCGUAUCAUGGGAAUGGCUGUGUUUCAUGGCCACUACAUAGAUGGAGGUUUUACGCUACCCUUCUACAAACAGCUGCUUGGUAAACCCAUCACCCUGGACGACAUGGAGUCUGUGGACCCCGACCUGCACAACAGCCUUGUCUGGAUUCUGGACAACGACAUCACCGGUGUGCUGGACCACACCUUCUGCGUUGAACACAAUGCUUAUGGAGAGAUCAUCCAGCAUGAGCUCAAGCCCAACGGUAAGAGCAUUCCUGUCACCCAGGACACCAAGAAGGAGUAUGUCCGGCUUUACGUCAACUGGCGUUUUCUCCGAGGCAUCGAGGCCCAGUUUCUGGCUCUUCAGAAGGGCUUCAAUGAAGUCAUCCCCCAGCACCUGCUCAAGUCUUUCGACGAGAAGGAGCUAGAGCUGAUUGUAUGUGGCCUGGGUAAAAUCGACAUCCAUGACUGGAAGUCCAACACGCGGCUCAAACACUGCACCCCAGACAGCAACAGUGUGAAGUGGUUCUGGAAAGCUGUGGAGUCAUUCGAUGAGGAGCGCAGAGCCCGGCUGCUGCAGUUUGUCACCGGCUCCUCCCGAGUUCCUUUGCAGGGCUUCAAGGCCCUCCAAGGUGCUGCUGGUCCACGUCUCUUUACCAUCCACCAGAUUGAUGCCAGCACCAACAACCUGCCCAAAGCCCACACAUGUUUCAAUCGGAUCGACAUUCCUCCGUACGAGCACUACGACAAACUGUACGACAAGUUGCUCACUGCCAUUGAGGAGACAUGCGGCUUUGCUGUCGAGUGAGUCGCGAAUGCGGGCAGAGCUUUGCAACAACCAGAAGCAACAUGGUUUGCCCACGAUGAGGCCCCCCCCCCCCACACACACACACACACACACACUCGGACAACAGAUCAGUCCACUCAGAUGGGGGUCAUCCACUGUUGCUUCACCCAGGGACGCACUUACUACCCCGGGUCAUGUCGCCAAGCUCAUGGAGGGUGGGUAGAGGAGAGCAGAAAAAGUCAAGACUGUGGGGUUCUUUUCAGACCUUUCUGCCCUUCUUUAUAUCUUUUUUUUAUCAUUGAAAAGGAUCUCUUCAGCUGCUAAUAACUCAGACUAUUUACUAACUUGUGGAACCUGCAACGUUUGCUGGCUCUGCCCUUUUUUCUAAGUUCGUUUUAGCAUUUAAAAAAAAAAUAAAAGAAAAAAAAUAGACUGUAUCUAUGUAGCAAUGCUCCAUUUUACCAAGCAGAACACAAGCUCAGUUCACUCUGAAACAACACUAACAAGACUGGUUUGUUUCCAGAGCCCAGGGUUAUUAUUGGUUACCACAACCACUUGGAAAACAGUUCAUUUGGAUGCGGCAUGACUUGGGCUGUUUGGUGCCACCGAGCGCUCGUGCUGAGGUUCUCGGUAACACAGAGGUUGAUAAAACGUGGAUGUGUGCAGAUGAGAAGGCACGGACGGAGACUGAAAUUAAGGCAUAGCCCAACUGUUUACAACCUUCUCCAAAGAUGUCAUCGGGGACCUCUGCUCCUGAGGCGCUGCCCAACAACCAGCGCUGCAUUCCCACAAGCCCCAUUUCACAUGUUUGACAGCUUGUUGUGUUUGAAAGUGAAGAGAUGAAUGAAUAGGUUGAAAUGUGUUAUUUUUAUAUAACAGGGACAAUUAAGAAAAGAAAAGGAAACAAUAAAGUUAAAUAUAAUAUAUAUAAUUUAUUGUUAUAUUUCAGAAACCCCCCAUCUUCCAUUAUUUCAUAAGAAAACUAAAUCUUUUAAAUGUUACUGCUUCAAUUAUAGAAAAUAAUUUGUGAAAUGAAAUGAGAAAAGAGCUUGACUGAAUAUCACUAAGGAAUGCUGAGGUUACUCUCUCGACACACAGCGUACAAGAAGAGGCUGUGUUUUUAAAGGCAAAAAAACAAAACACUAUGUCCUCUGAGUGCCAUAAACAUUUUGUGUGAAUAAAUCUUAACUGCGCACCCUUUAAAUUCUACUGAUUUCAUCCUGGAAUUACAUAUGGUAUGGUGUGUUAACCUUAUAUUACCCUCUCUUUUUAACAGUUUGUCAUUUAAUAUUGAUGUCACUAGCAUGAAACCUUCCUUCAUUUUUUUGUUCAGAAGAGUCCAAAGUCAAUCGCAGUCUUUUUUUUGUUUUUGUUUUGCCUUCAUGUUGUCAUUCAUGCAAAAAAAACGAAAAAAAACAACUACCUUUGAACCAUGUGGUGGUAAAUAGCAUUAAAUUUAGUCUUAUAUUGGCAAAUGUACUCACUGUCAUACUACUGCUUUAAGUGCACAGUACACCACUCGUAAUCCUUCCUGUUAGUGGCCACAGUUAUUCUUUCCCUCGUCACAUUCUCAGGAGGUGUUGUACGUACUUUGUAACAUCUUGUGAUCUGACAAAUGAAAAGAAACCGAUUCUGACCAUCAACACAGUACCUGUUGCAUUUGUCCUCCAUAUGUGUUUUUGGGUUAAUAGUGAACUGAAUGAGAUGAACUGUUUUAGUGAGGUUCUUUUGUUUCAGGGUGGGGGGGAAAGGAAAGGAAAUUCUUGAAUGUUUUUCAGAAGAUGCUGCCUGUCUAGCAAUCUCUAUGACCGUGGACUGUUCUUUACAAUUGCAUACACUUAAAAAAAAUGAAUGAAAACAAACGGUUUGUUUUUCUUUUCUUUUAUGUAGACAAGUGUAUGCAAAGUGAAAAGUGUCCUCCGAUGGUGCUUUGUACAGUAAUAAGAUAAUGUUCAUGUACUGUAUGUGGAUCAAACAACCUGUAAUUUAUCUUUAACUUAAGUAGAAUUUUUUUUUGUUUUUUUUUUAAAACUGAAAUAAUAAAUUGCACACAAACAGAAUGAAGACACCAUGUGUAUUUAACGGUGGCUUCUGCACCAGAUAUUCAAUUACUUUUAUGUUCCGUGCACAAGCUGGUCACCCUACUGUCUGUUCCUACACAACGUCACUCAGCAUCGCUCCGUAGCUGCCUCUCAUCGAACAACUGGACUUUAUAUUUAAAGUCAGUAGUGAGAUGUGGCUUUUGUUCUUUUUUUUUUGGUUGUUUGUUUGGUUCAAUAGCAUGAUCCACUUAGCAGGACUAUAUCUCUCAUAGCUGACUGAUGCAAUUAUGAUGUAUGUUAACACUAUCAUUUUGUAAGAGUAUUUUAUUUUUGUGUGUUAUUAGUUCUAAUUAAACUUGCCUUUGUCUAACAAUGUUAA